AUGCAGGCUGGGGAAUCGCAGCUUCGGAGAGAGGCAGCGGCGGCAGAGGCUCGGCGCCGAGCCGAGAUCGAAGCUGAGCUUCGGGCAAAGCAGCAGAGGGAGAUGGAGGAGGAGAGGAGGAGGAGGGAAGAGGAGAGACGGCGGAAGGAAGAGGAGGAGAGGAGGAAGGAGGAGGAGCGGAAGAGGGAGGUGGAGAGGCAGCAGCAGGAGGUGGAGUCGAACAGAAGGUCAGCCCAGGCGGCAAAAGCAGCUGCUGAUGCAGCAGACGCGAGAGCAGCGGCAGAGGCAAAAGCAGCAGCAGCUGCGGAAGCAAAAAAGAAGCAAGCGCAGAGGAGUUCCAAAGUGCGAGUGGCAGAGGGGGCGGCUAAGGAGGCAGAGGCCAGGCUGGCACGGCUCAAGGCGAUGCGCGAUGAGAUCGCUCCCAUCAUGGCUGAUAAUGCACGGAAGAAGGACCGCAAGACUGUGGAGCGGCGAAUCAUUCUGCUGGUUCAGCAGAUCUCCGCCUCGCACGACCAAAUCGCCAAGAAGUCUGCCGAUCUCACGGCCCUCCUGCGGGACCCAUCCCUUCCCCAGACGUUCGUCGCCAUCACCUUUGCCUCCAAGAUUCUAUCCCAGUGCGAGUCCCAAGUUACCAAGUUACCGCCGUUCGCGUUCGCUCUCGCGCAAGUCAUUGUGAACGUGUCCACUCAGGCGCCCAUAGCCAUGGAAGCCUUGAUGGCAAGCCUGAACGAGACCUGCAUCUACACUGUUCCACAACAUUAUGUCUUCUCCGAGGCUUCUUACUCGUCUGACGACGCCUAUUACCGCGAUUUGGGGUACAGGGAGGAAGAGGGGGAGGGUGGGCAGAAGAAGAUGGAGUCGACCGAUGCGUUUAUAGAGAGGAUGACAGGAUACAUCAUUCUCAUGGCUGCUAUUUGCCAGACCCUCCCACCACCUGGCACCGCAGUGCACCCCUUUGGCUUGUCGCAUGCGUGGCAGUGGUGUGCUCGGCUGCUGAACCACCUUCCAGCCAAUCGGGCAUCGGCCACCGCUUUGGAAGUAUUUCUCAAGAUUGCUGGUUACCGCAUGCACCUGACGUACCGCUCGCAGUUCCUGAAGCUGCUAGACGUGGUGGGGAAUGAGUACAGGGGCAAGCUGCAGGCUUUAAACGAUGCUGACGUGGCGCCGGUGGUUAACCGAAUCGAGACGUAUGUUGGCGUGCAGCGGUAUCUGAGGCCGCCUGAGGGGCUGGAGAUGCCGCUGCAUGAUAAGUCAUCCCAACUCAGAGCAUAG